AUGAGCAUGGUGAACGAUGCCAUUCGUGUCAUCCGGGAGAAAGAACAGGAUCCCAUUCUCACAUUCGACUGUCAUUUGAGUUCACUCCGGGACAUGAUUAAAAUCAUGUCUCGCUCCAUAAGCAGUGGAGCAGAGUACGAUGUCUCGUUCGAGGUGGCCUGUAUUAUCGCUGCUACCAUCCAAUCGAUUGCGGAAGAGUGUCCAUUCACAAACCCUCAGACACGCUUCAAUGGGCUCUCUGCUAUGCUCAAGAUUGGGAAGAACAUUGCACUUCUAUCCAAAGAUACACUGGGCCAUGAGGUGCGAAUGCAGUUCGAUUCAGAUCCCUCUCUUGCGGAAGAGAUGUUGGAAAUCCUCAAUUCUAUGACGGAGGAUGAAAUUCAAGAGAUAAGAGGGGAUGAGUCGAGUCCAGGAUCGUUAUGGCUAAAGUUACAGGAAUUGGAAAAGUUGUCCGAUGAUCUUGGUAUUCAUCCUGGACUAGACGAAGUGUUGAAACAAGUGGAUUCUGAUGGCUGUGAGGAUGAAGAGGAAUUAGACGAAGAGGAAGACGAGGACGAGAAUGAAGAAGAACUGGAUGAAGAGGAAAACGAGGACGAAGAGAAUUAG